AUCUGGAAUUACUUAAUUUAGUUGCGGUUUUAACUUUUAACAAUUAACCACGUUUGUUAGCAACAGGUUGACAGCGUCAAAAUGGGCGACGUAACUGGACUGAGCAAUGCUGAAGCCGAUGAGCUCUGCCGUAAACAAGAUGGAGCAACAAAAGACUUUGUAUUCCAGCAGACCAUGUACCGCAUUAAGGAUCCACGCAAAUCACUGCCUUUCUAUACCGGCGUCUUGGGCAUGACCUUGCUGGUCAAAUUGGAUUUUCCCGAAGCAAAGUUCUCCUUAUAUUUUAUGGGCUAUGAAAACGCUGCGGAUAUACCCAAAGAUCCCAAGGAGCGCCGCAGCUGGGCUAUGAGCCGCAAGGCCACCAUAGAGCUGACACACAAUUGGGGCUCUGAGAGCGACCCAGAUCAAAGCUAUCAUACAGGCAAUACAGAGCCACGUGGCUUUGGACAUAUAGGACUUAUGGUGCCAGAUGUCUAUGCAGCUUGCAAGCGCUUUGAGGAGCAUGGCGUGGACUUUGUCAAAAAACCAGAUGAUGGUCGUAUGAAGGGUUUGGCCUUCAUUAAAGAUCCCGAUGGCUAUUGGAUUGAAAUUUUCAAUGCUCACACAGUGCCUAAUUAAAAUGAAACUGGAGCCUCCAUGUUUGCCUUGUUGCCAGUGCUUAACUGUUAUACUAAUGUUUUUUUUACUGGAUUUUGUAAUCUGUUUAAGUAUUUAAAGUUGAAUUUAACGAAUGUUUAUAAAUCAUAUUGCCAUAUUA